AUGGAAGAAGAGAUUGCCGCGCUUGCCAUUGACAAUGGCUCCAGCAUGGGCAAAGCUGGGUUUGCUGGGGACGAUGCCCCCCAAGUCAUGUUUCCCUCCAUUGUCGGGCACUCCCGGCACCAGAGCUUGAUAGUGGGCAUGGGCCAGAAGGACCCCUACGUGGGCGACAAGGCCCAGGGCAAGCGCGGCAUCCUGACUCUGAAGUACCCCAUUGAGCAUGGCAUGGUCACCAACUGGGAUGACAUAGAGAAGAUCUGGGACCACACCUUCUACAAUGAGCUGUGUGUGGCCCUGGAGGAGCACCCAGUGCUGCUGAUUGAGGCCCCCCCCCGAAACCCCAAGGCCAACAGAGAGAAGAUGACUCAGAUCAUGUUUGAGACCUUCAACACCCCGGCCAUGUACGUGGCCAUCCAGGCCGUGCUGUCCCUCUACGCCUCUGGGCGCACCACUGGCAUUGUCAGGGACUCUGGAGAUGGGGUCACCCACACGGUGCCCAUCUACGUGGGCUACGUCCUCCCACAUGCCAUCCUGCAUCUGGACCUGGCUGGCCGGGACCUGACAGGCUACCUCAUGAAGAUCCUCACUGAGCCUGGCUACAGCUUCACCACCUCGGCCCAGCGGGAGAUCAUGUGCCACAUCAGGGAGAAGCUGUGCUACAUCACCCUGGACUUCGAGAAGGAGAUGGCCACAGCCGCAUCUUCCUCCUCCCUGGAGAAGAGCUAG